AUCACAUUAUUAUACCUCCAAUUAGAAUGAAAGAAUCUGAUUGGUUGAUGAGGAAACAAUAAAAUUAGCUUAUGACCCAUUCUUGUGUCACAUGACCAUUUAUGACUUGAUUGUUGCAGGAGUAUGAGGUAUUGACCGGUCAUUAAUAUUAUUGACCGCAGAACCUGACCUGUGCAUUAAAAAAAAAUGGCGGAACAUAUUACCGCUUCGUUAUUUCUUCACGUUUACCAUGUUUACUUUACUGUUUUUAGAUAAAGACUAUAACUCAUUAACUUUACGUUAUUCGUUAGAAAUAAGAUAUAGACUAUAACAUUGUGUACUACGUCAUUUCCCAUGUGUGAUUUGUCGUCUGUUUACGAAAACGAUGGCUGGUGAAUCAAGAUUUGCAACUUUGAGUAGUGAGGAACUACAAGCGAUCCUAGAGAACCGCGAUAGUUCUAACACAAAACAAUGUAUAGAUUCAGCGAAACGAAUUUUCAUUACAUACUGCACUGAAAAGGGACUGAUAGUGGACAACGUACUGCAAAAAACAAAAGGUGAAAUUGCUGAAAUUCUGAUCAACUUUUACGCUGAACUCAGAAGAAAAGAUGGUGAAUUGUAUAGUAGAUCUUCCAUGAUCAGCAUCAGGUUUGGUUUGCAGAGAUUUUUCCAAAAAAUUAACUAUGACAUUAUUAAUGACCCAGAUUUUCGUCUAUCAAACGAAAUGUUCAAGGCAGUUUUGACAAACAUCAAACGAACUGGAAAGGGAACCACUCAGCACAAGGAAGUUAUCAGCGAUGCUGACAUGGCAACAUUGUAUAGCAGCGGCGUCCUAACCGGAAAGAGUCCGCAGGGGUUGCAGUAUAAAGUUUUUCUUGAUGUGAUGUUCUACACAUGUAGAAGAGGAAGGGAAAAUUUGAGAAGUAUGAAGAAAACUGAUUUUGUUUUGAGGACAGAUGGCCAAGGAAGGAGAUACUAUCUAAAUGUCGCUCAGUAUGAAACCAAAAAUCACAGAGGAAGUGAUGUUAAUGACUAUGAUGCAUCUUCAGCAAGAAUAUAUGAAAUACCAGGUGAUGAGAAGUGCCCUGUGUCUAGCCUGGAGAAAUACCUUGCAAAGCUGAAUCCAAAUUGUGAAAGUUUUUGGCAGAGACCGAAGCGCCAUAUCAAAGAUUCGGAUGCUGUUUGGUAUGAUAAUUCUCCAGUAGGUCAUAACACUUUGGGAAAUUUUAUGAAAACAAUUUCUAUGAAAGCUGAACUCUCAACUCUGUAUACAAACCACUGCAUACGUGCCACGUGUAUUACUAGUUUGGAUCAGCGUGGGAUAGAAGCUAGACAUAUCAUGUCUGUAAGUGGACAUAAGUCGGAAACCUCGAUAAAAAGCUAUUCAAGAUGUGUAAGUGAAUCCAAAAAGCAAGAAAUGUUUGAUGUUUUAUCAUCUGUGGUUUAUCCAUCACCAAAGCUAGGGCUAGAAAACCCAGUAGUUCCAACACAUUCUAGUACCGAUACUUCAGAAACUCAGCUCUUGGAUUUAAAUAACUGUGAACUUGAGACUGUCAGUACCGAAAAAUUGCUUUCUGAAGUCCUGGUUGAUGAAAAUAGUUCAGAUUUGUUUGUUCCAGAAGAAAAAGAGAAUGUUAAAGUUGACAAAAUGCCUCAAAACUCUUGUGGUCCAGUAUUUAGAAAUGUCGGACAAGUGCAUAUUCACUAUUAUGUAGGAAAGGAACAACAAAAGUAAAGAUAAUGUAAAGUUCUUUAUUGGACUUUUG